GAUUUUUGCCUUCAAGUCAGGAGAGAUGCCAGGUCAAAGCUCGUUGAUUGUUGCAAGGACUGCGAUGCUAAAGUUGCUUCCCGCAUGUCACGGGCUGAGAUUGCCACUUUGUUUGUGGUGAAGGUCGAACAUGUACUGCAAGUUUGUCUGGUUGGCUCUCUGCUUGUAUCUCUCUUCAUCUGCCCAUGGCUCCAACUCUUCCAGGAACUGCCUUGAUGCCUAUCUUCAGGAUUCUGCUUUGAAAGCACUAGUCCGACACCGACCGCAAACGGGUGCCCUCUACAAAGCUGUUCUUCCUCGUAAUCUAUCCGGCAUGGAGGUCUCAGUUGUACGGCUCAGAAGCAAGACGUUAUGGAAAUUGGGUGCUAAUUUCAGCAACAUUCACAUCCCACCAAGGACCAUUUCAGUUCCUCACGUUAGAAGGAUGGCCAUAGUCUAUCAAAACUUGGGAAAUUGGUCCUCUCAGUACUACAGAGUCCCAGGUUAUUCAUUGAUUACCUCUGUUGUCGGUUUCUUAGUUUAUGAUGCAUCGAAUGUAAGGGCAAGAGGCAUAAGAAACAUCAGCCUCAGUUUGAUGGGGAAGCCCAUAUCAGUUUAUUUUGCUAACCUGACAUUGCAUCAUGGCAUGAUCUCUGCUGCAAAAUGUGUGGCAUUUAGGCCCAAUGGGGCAAUUUAUUUUUCCGAUAUGAUCUCUCCCAAUGUGUGUAACGCUACAGAUCAGGGUCAUUUCUCUAUUGUUGUUGGGCUAGAGAGGAAGCACAAGCGAUGGUAUCUGUGGGUAGUUGGAAUUGUGCUGGGUUGUGGAGGACUGGUUUUGAUGGGUUAUUUUGCAGUGGUGUUGAUCAGACACUUGCAGACCAAGGAGAUUCAAGCAAUGGAAAAGCAUGCUGAUGAUGGUGAGAUUUUUUGCAAUAGAUGGAUUGGGAAUAGUAAGUUGCCUUCAGCAACAGUGACUAGAACUCAGCCAGAUCUUGAGAAUUGAUGCCUUUCCAUACCUUUCUAAUCUUCGUCCUUUUCACCUCAUUUUGUAGAUAUUUUCCAAAGAAAUUGGGAAGAAUAAAUAUGGGAUUCUAGAAAACAUGAUAAGAAAGUGUUAGUUUUCUA